CUUUCUACAAGAGUUUUUAAUUAGUGAAAGUGUUUGACAAAGCUCAAUCGAUACGCUUACGUGGUUAACAAUCUGUAGCAUUGAACGGAAAGGAAAGAUGAGUACGAGAAAGAAACAAAAAUAGAGAUAAUCAGAUAUAGAGAGAGAGACAGAGAGAAAGAGAGAGAAAGAUAUAUACACAUGGAUCUAGAGAGUAAGAGAAGCAACGAGAUCCAGCAGCUGAUCGCUCAACGCUCCGGAAACCAUUACGUUCGCGCGUCAUGGAGUCGCUUUGAGCCGCUUUCAAUUACAAAGCCGCACAUCCGAUCGAGUUUUAUUAAAGCGUCGGCGUGUCGGCGGCCGCUACCAGUCGCCACCAACGCACGAUGUACAAGUACGGGAACGUGAUAGUGUUGGUUAUGCGGCGUUUACGCGCGUUUCUCUUGCCGUCAUCGACUUCCUCGUCACUGUCCUUACCUUCUACAACAAACUUCAAGUAGGUAUACUCUUUUUCUUCGUCGUGAAGGAAGAAGGAGAGAAGAAAAGGUAGGAAAGUCGUAAAAGGCGACGUGAGUUUAUCGUGCCCGCCGACAUAACCCGACACGACAUCGUCGGAAGACUUGACGAAAGUGGUGAGAGGGGGAGAAGAAGAAAGAAAUAUACCCGAGAUGUCACGUCUCCGAUCAUAACGGUGUUUCCGCCUUCGAAUCUAUAUUUUCUUGCCCGUUUAUAAAAACUCUACGACUUUUCGUGUAACAUCUGUCAAUAAAACUGCAACAAAAAUAAUGCCACGAUGUCAAACUGCAAUAGAAAUAUACACACGCAGGGAUCUUCGGUGAUAGACUAUGAACGUCAAUUCCAAGAAGAUUUGGAGCGUGCUCAAGCAUUGAGCUUGGAGAGUUUAGCUUUAGAAAAAUUUAAGUUACAAAAACAGCGCUUGGAAUAUAAUAAUAUACAGCAAUCGUAUCAAUCGCAAAACAAUUCACAUGAUGGAAGUAGUGGCUCGACGAUGACGGAUGGUGCUUUACAAAGUGACAAGUUACAAUUUAGAAGUCGUCCACGUCCCGGAUCUUUUAAUAAAAAUCAAUCAAAAAAUGCUGCAUUGUUAGCUCCACCACCACCAAUUCCAUGUAGAAGAAAUUCAACAACCGCUACGUCCAGUCAAGAAACAUCAACUGAUUUAAUUAAUUUUACAAGCCCAAUCAAGCAGGAUAGUUUAUCGGAAUAUUGUACACCACCUCCACCACCUCCGAAAGCGCAAAUUGAACCAAAGUGGGAAACUCAUCCUGCUUUAUUAAAAAAGCAGGCAAGGAUUUCAAGAAGCAAUAGUUCUGCAGGAUCUUAUCAAUCUCGAGAUUUUAGAUACCAUUCACUUUCGCCUGGGCCUAGGUCUUCUACUGCACCUUGCACGCCUGGAACGCCGGGAAUUAGUCCUAUCUUGUCAAGGGCCAGUAGUAGCAAUAGCAAUGUACCUGAUAUUACACCACAGCCUGCAUGGAAUUUUUUUGCUUUUAAGAAUUAUUUCUUUCCACAGAUUCCUCCCUUGCCUUUGAAUUACAGACCUGGCAUUACAGCACCAGCUACCUGUAAUAUGUUAGUACCUACAUUUUGUGCAGAUGAGCAGUUAAAUGUAUUGAAAGUGAUAGAAAAAAAGCCAAAUAGUAAUCUUAUAGAUUUGAGUACUUGUGAAGAAAUAGAGGAUAAAACAAAUGUUAGAGUCAGUGUAUUAGAAGCAUUUGACCCUUUACUUGUUAAGACUGAUGAUAACAGUGAAUAUAUGAAGGAUAUUAAGGACGAUAUUCAAUCGCAAAUUAGUGGGUCUGUAUAUGAUCCUUUUGAUCCUUUUGAUUACAUGUAUAGCACAAAUGAAAGUGUAAAUUCAGAUCCAGUAUAUGUAGCAGUAGAAAAGUCAGGUAAAUCUCCAGCUAUUUCUCCGGCUGCACCACCACCACUGCCACCUAGAAAUUCAUCUGCAUGGAAUACUAUUGAAAGAAGGAGAACAUCCUUGGACCGCCGUAAAAAACAAUCGCGUUUAUAUGAAAAUGUAACGGUAAUAAAAACUAGGCCAUCUAGUAACGAUGGUGACCUGAGUGCUUUUCAUCAAAUGGUUAAAUCUGUGCGAGGUGAAUUUCCAUUUAACAAUCCUAGUACAAAUAUUGGUCAUGUAAUAAGUCCAACAAUGGAAAAUUUAUAUCCUGAAGGCACAAGUAUAAAAUUAGUUGUGCAUCCACAAUUGUCAGAUAACGAUAAAGAUUCUAUUCCGUCCAUUUCAUUUACUUGUAAUGUGAAUUGUAGCGUUGAACACGUUAUUUUGAAUGUAGCUUGUUCUCUGGAGGAUGAAGAUACAGUAAACGUAGAGAAAUAUUGUUUAAGAGUUUGGGGCUUAGCAGAAUAUUUUGCUCCUAAUACAACAUUAGCACAAUACGAAUAUAUUCAUCAAUGUAUUAAGUUGGAAAAAGAUAUUGAAUUAGCUAUUAUGACAAGGGCACAAAUCAAAAAAUCUAUAGCUCGCACACUUCAAGAUGAUAAUCAGGAUCAAUGUCUUAAAUUAGAAGAUAUACUUCCUAAUGAACCAUUACAACCAAUUUCUUAUGAUACAUUGCUUAUCUUAUUAGAAACGGUAGAAAAAGAAAUGGAACGCGUAGAAAAUACUGCGAUACAAUUAGCAACAACAAAUCAUGGUUCUGGUCUUCUACCUCAAUUGAAACCUCAAGGUGUAAUUCAAGCUGUAAAGGCAGUUUCUGCAUUGAUGGGAAACAUUGAGACUUUCGAAAUCACAGAAGCAGUAGAUAAUUUUGUAAAUGCUUGCUGUCAGUUUUUGCCUCAAGUUCAUACUACAAACAUAGAGUGCAAGAAACCUGAAAUUGUACAUGAAGAUGGAGAUUAUUCGGUUGUAACGUUAAGAACGAAGUUUCCUGAUGUGAUCACUUCCCAUUGUCAUAAAAUUCGCGAUGCAAUUCAAGAUCUUGUAGAAACUUAUUGUCAUGCUUUUAGAGUUGAUUUUCAAUUGAAUAGCAGAGGAGAAAAUUCCACAAAUAGACUAGUAUCUUCGGAAGUUAUAGAUACCGUACUUGUACGAGUUGGAUCGUUACAUAGAUUACCAGGAAAUUGGAAACACGACGAUUACAUUAUUGCAGCUCAAAUAUUUCAUGGUACAAGACCUGUCGGUAAUCCUGUUUUAUCAGAACCUACAACAGUAAGCUUGAGUUUUUAUCCCAGAAUUUUAUUUAACUCUUGGUUGGAAUUCCGUGGGACCAGUGUAUGUCAAGUUCCAAGAGAAGCCAGACUAGUAUUAGUUCUUUAUGGACGUACGUUACAACCAACUGAACAUGAAUCAAAUUCCGUAUCAGAAGGUGCUAUGAGAAAAGAAGAACUUGGUUGGGCUGCUAUACAGUUCUUUAACUAUGAUGGUAUUAUGAGCCAAGGAAGUUUCUUUUUAUCUCUUUGGCCUGCUAUCGCGGAUAGAAGAUUAGGUCCUGCACCAGCACCCGGAACUCAUCCUCAUAGUGAUACACAUCCUAUUAUAGGGUUGGAAUUACCAGAUUAUGGAGGAAAGGUUUUAUUCCCAACAGAAUUAAGAGAUCACGAUGUUGAAUCAUUAGAUUUUAAUUCAUUGGAUCAAAAUACGCAGGAAUUGUUAUUGGAUAUUACACAGCAAGAUACAUUUUCAAGGCCUCCCAUAGAUGAAAGAGAAAUAUUGUGGGAAAAAAGACAUUAUUUACAUGACAAACCAGAAGCUUUACCAAAAGUAUUAUUAGCUGCACAUAGUUGGGAUUGGGCAUGUCUACCGGAUUUGCAUGCAUCUCUUAGAGUUUGGAGUCCUUUACCACCUGUACAAGCUUUACAAUUACUUUUACCAUGUUUUCCAGAUAUGAAAGUUCGAGAAAUGGCCGUUGGAUGGAUCAGAGAAUUAAGUAAUGACGAACUUGUAGAUUACUUACCACAGUUGUUGCAAGCAUUGAAACAUGAAACGUACGAAGCUUCUCCUUUAGCUAAAUUUUUAUUGGAACGAGCUUUGAUAUCGCCGAGAGUAGCUCAUCAUAUUUAUUGGCUAUUAACACAAGCAUUACCGGGACAAAGUCCCCAGGUACAGAAUUCUGCAGAAAUUGUACCAGAAGAUGAAAAAGGUAUCAGUUCUGCGAGGUAUCAUAGGAGAUUACAACUAAUGUUACGAGCUUUGCUAGCAGUUAUAGGGGAUGCAUUAAGGAAUAGUUUUCUUACUCAACAAUUAUUAGUUAAGAAUUUAAAUGAGAUUGCAGAGAAUAUUAAAGCUACUAAAGAAUCAUUACGAAUGGACGCGCUCAAAGUUGCAUUACAAAAUAUACAUUGUCAAUUAAUGGAGGAUAAUGGUACUUGUUUACCAUUGUCUCCUAGUAAACAAGUAUAUGGUAUCAAUGUACAAAUUUGCUCGUAUUUUCCAUCAUUUACACUUCCAUUGAAAAUUAACUUCAUUAGCUGUGAUAAUGUACUAAGUCCUGCAAUCUUUAAGGUUGGUGAUGAUUUGCAGCAAGAUAUGUUGACUUUACAAAUGGUCCGUAUUAUGGAUAAAUUGUGGUUGAAGGAAGGCCUUGAUUUAAAAAUGGUAACUUUUGCAUGUGUACCUACUGGUCACAAACGUGGAAUGAUAGAAAUGGUCACAAAUGCAGAAACACUUAGAAAAAUUCAAGUUGAAUUUGGUUUGACCGGAUCUUUCAAAGAUCGACCUAUUGCAGAAUGGCUAGCAAAGCAUAAUCCUUCUGAAUUAGAAUAUGAAAGGGCAGUAGAAAAUUUUACCGCGUCAUGUGCCGGUUAUAGCGUUGCUACUUACAUUUUAGGAAUUUGUGAUAGACAUAAUGAUAAUAUUAUGUUAAAAACAUCUGGUCACUUAUUUCACAUAGAUUUUGGAAAAUUUCUCGGGGAUGCUCAAAUGUUUGGAAAUUUCAAAAGGGAUCGAACACCAUUUGUUCUCACCUCUGAUAUGGCUUAUGUAAUAAACGGUGGAGACAAGCCAUCAGCCAAAUUUCAUCAUUUUGUAGAUUUAUGUUGUCAAGCGUUUAAUGUUGUACGUAAACAUGGCAAUCUUAUCCUUCAUCUUUUUGGAUUAAUGACUUCAUCUGGCAUCUCUGGUGUUACAAUGGAUGCUGUUAGUUAUGUACAAAAAGCAUUGCUUCCAGGACAAACUAAUCCUGAAGCAGCAGCAACAUUUGCACGAAUGAUAGAGAGUUCGUUGAAGAGUUGGUUUACACAGUUUAAUUUCUUUUUGCAUAACUUAGCACAACUCAGAUUUUCUGGAGAUCAUAACGAUGGAGCAUUAUUAUCUUUUAUUCCACGCACAUAUACUAUGCAACAGGAAGGUCAGUUGACAAGUGUACAAGUACAUGGAUAUCAAAAGAGAUAUGAUCCAGAAAAGUAUUAUAUGUAUAUUUUACGUAUACAAAGAAAAGGUCAAGCAGAUCCUACGUAUCUUUUUCGCUCGUAUAAAGAGUUUUGCGAAUUUUAUCAAAAAUUAUGUAUACACUUUCCUCUUGCUAAAGUAGCCAGCUUACCAAGUGGUAUAAGCGUUGGACGAUCGAACAUAAAGCAGGUAGCGGAUAAAAGACGAGCAGAUAUAGAAAAGUUUCUUUUAAGUCUGUUCAAAAUGGCUCCAGAAAUAUCACAAAGUAAUUUGGUGUAUACAUUUUUCCAUCCUUUGUUACGAGAUCAACAAAAUGCAGAUAUUCAUUUACGCAAAGUAAAAGUUGGUAAUUGGUGGGCAGAGAAAAAAAUCAGAGAAAACGUACAAUGUGGACAAAUAAAAUUAUCCCUUCAUUACACUCGUGGCACUUUAUCAGUAAUGGUUUAUCAUGCCAGAGGUUUGCCAAAAGUGGCAAAUGGCCAAGAGCCAAAUACAUACGUGAAAGUUUAUCUCAAGCCCGAUCCUACAAAAGCGACGAAACGUAAAACUAAAGUUGUUAAAAAGAAUUGUCAUCCUUCAUUUAUGGAAAUGCUCGAGUACCGAAUGCCACUCGAAGUAAUCAAGGAAAGAGCUUUGGAAGCUACUAUUUGGAAUCACGAUACUCUACAAGAAAACGAAUUUCUUGGUGGUAUUCGAUUACCACUCAGUCGGCUGGAUUUAACAAACGAAAUAAUCGAAUGGUUUUCAUUGGGUAGUGUUCGAUAAAAAAAAAAAAAGAAAAAAAAUAGAAAGACUGUGUUAAUAAUAUUAAUGCUCAUAACUAUUAGAAUAAUUCAAAAUGCUAUUUCUUAUACCGCACAAAGAGAAGGCAUUGCUUUUAAAAAUAUUCUGCUAUCGUAACUAAGGGAUUAAGGAUGACUAAUGUUUUAAUCAAAAUAUUUAUACCGUCGAGGUAUAAUAGACGCUCAUUAUCGCUCAUAUCUCGCGAAAUUUUAAUUAACAUUAAUACGAAGUAUAAAACGGCAAGUGUAUUUCAUAAAAUUAUUCAAUUUUUACAAAAAUUAUUUGAAAUUUCAUAAUUAGUGAAUGAAUGAUUAAAAAUAGUAUUUAUAAAUGAAUUUAAUAAUUGAAUUUGUAAAGAUUAGAUAUAUUAAGAAGAGCCGCGUAGAUUUUUUAACUAUUAUCAAUGGAAAGAUGGAUCUGCAUUUAUACGAUGCUGUUUCAGAUGAAUUAUACACAGAUAUUUAUUUAAUGUUUUUUACUAAUCAAUAGUUAUCCUUUUAAUUGUACAUAGAUAGAAUUGAAUAUGUAAUCUACACAGCGAAUCAUUAAAAGUAAUAUUUUUACAUGGCUGUCUUCUAAAUAGAAUACCGAAGGUAUAUACAUAUUCAUAUUUUUCAUUGCUGCAAACAUACACAUACACACUCUCACGUAACAUUUUCUGUAGAACAGAUUCAGUUUAUAUAAGACAACAUAUUUUUAUUUUCGUAUUUUAACAUUUAAAAAAUUAAGUGAUUCAUCUAUGUCAUAACACGUAAAUUAACAAUGAGAUAUAAGUUAUAUAAACUGUUAAUUUCCGUGAUACUAUUCUUUCUCUGCGUGAAAGAGAAACAAAAUUAUGUAAAUAUACUAUCGAAUUUGUGUAAUAAAUUAUCAUUUCUUAUUAUAAAAAAAAAUUAAUACGAUUGCCUAUAAUGUACGCGAUGCUUUUGAAUGAGCAAACAUAAGUCGGUAGAUUAACGAAAAAAUAAAAUACGGCAAGUAUAUGACUGUCUCAUUUAACGAUAAUCAUGUUGUUCCUACAGAGAUGUUCUUUCAAGUGUAAUUAGAAAAAUUUAUACUAUUUCAUAUGUUUUCACAUGAAAGUAUUUUUUACAUACCACAUGUUUUAGUAAGUGAUAAUUAAUACUUUUAAUAUUGUAAAGUAAGUUAUUCUGGUGUCCUAAUGAAUAUUAUUUCAAUGAUAUAAA